UAGGCAGUCAGUACUUAAACUCGGGUCAACUGCGUCGCACCGGCGAGCUAGCGAUCGGCUGGGCAAAUGAUAAUUUAAAGCACGCCAUCAACGCAGAACGAGACCCACGAAACGCGGUAGUUGUGCUGAAAAUGAAUGCUCUAUGGCUGUGGUUGUUUCCAGUGUCCAUCCUAUUUCUGGGAUUGGAGCAAGUGGAAACAAAGAAAUAUCAGCGCUGUGAACUCACUCGGGUGCUGGUGGAGAACUAUAACUUUGACAAGACUUUUCUUUCAAACUGGAUAUGCUUGGUGGAGCAUGAAAGUUAUCUGGACACCAGCAAGAUCAGCACAAAGGAAAACAAUAGCAAAAACUACGGUCUGUUCCAAAUAAAUAGCAGGGAUUAUUGCUCUGAAGGACGAAAAGGAGGACAAUGCAAUAAAAAGUGCGAAGACUUUUCAAAUGAUGACAUUGGAGACGACAUCGCCUGUGCCAAGAUGAUCCAGGAACGAGAGGGCUUCAAAUACUGGAAGGGCUGGGACCGCUUCUGUCGCAAUCCCCAGAAUCUACCCAAUCUACGUGUGGCAUGCAACCUUCGAAGCCUGUCACCCCUUCGGACGCCUCGCGGUUUCCUCGGACUGGGCUAGAUACCCACUCUAUACCCAUAGUUGUCUAACCUUCGAGAUGUAUAUACAUAUGUGAAUACUUUGCAUAAUUGCUUGCUGGGCUCCAGACUCAAAUGCACAAGCUGAGGGCUUUCAAGUGGG